GUCUGCUGAGCGUCACCUCCACACAGCAAGUGCCUUUACUUGGGCAGAACAGGGAGAAGGAGCGUAGCUGUGAGAGAGACACACGGAGAGAAAGGGGGGAAAAAAAUCUCAGGAGUGUGUCUCAACGCACCAGAGGAGCAUCUCUCUGACUUCGGAGCGGGCUGAAGAGCGCACAGAGACUGACGGGCAGAGACAAGCAGCGGCGUUGGAGUAUAACAGUGCUGGUGGUGUUGGCAGAGCACGCCAAGUGGACACAGGGGAAUCCACCGGCGCUGUUGAUCCUGGUGUCCCUGGCAAGAAAGAAACAACAACAAAAAAACUGCUUGAGCGGGAGACAGAAAGCGGUGCAGCAGCCAGGAUCUCGCCAGGGGGGCAGCAUUUUACAGCGACAACGAAGCGUGGAGACAGCUGAAACCUGCGCGCAGACACACUCUCUCUCCCACACACGCGCGCACAUGCAAACAGUGAGUGUGAGCGAAAAGGGACGCUCGCGGUGCUUUCAAAAGAGCCACAAAAAUCCUUCUUCUUGUGAAACGCACAUACUUGCACAGGAAAGCAACACAAAACCUUUCAUCUUCUUCGGCCAGGGAUGGUGGAUGAUGAAGGAGAAAACUUCUGGAGAGGAAAUUGUCUUUGAAGCAGGACUUACUGCUGAGGUUUUGUAUUUUUAAUCAACUUUGUCACCACCACCCUGUUUUUUUCUUUUUUGAAGUUGGGGCAUUUUAAAGCCUCCGUCUAAGCACAACAACUAAACAACCUCUAUUCUUAGAGGCAGAAAUCGAGAGCUGUCUUUGUGACCAUCAAGAUGUCUAUUCCUGAUUCGGUCUGAUUGGUAAGUGGAUUAUGACGGCAGGAUUUGGGGAUUUUUCUUUCACCUGAAGAAAGAAAGAAGGAAAGAGCGACAGAAACCUAUCCAUGAUUGGUGGAUUUAUGGCUGUCAGAGAAGGAGAGGAUCCCUUGCCUUUUCUCCUUUCUUCCCCUGUGGAUUACAGAUGGGCUUUGUGAUCUCCCAGUGCAGUCUCAUGGAUGAUCGCUCGCUGCCAGUCAUUAGGAUAAAGUACAAAGAGGGACACAAGUGGCUUGGGCACAGGCGGAGAUUGAUUGAAGUGAUCUGUGUGAAUCCUAUUAAUGCAUCCUGGAUUGUGGCCAAGAAAGAAGCAAUGGAGGGGAACACCGCUGUCUAGCAGCGCUAUCUGAUCUGCCUCUCACUGGACAACUGAGGACCCUCUGCACUCCCUCUUCAACGACACUCCUCCUCCUCUUCCUCUCAGACAGGAUGGUACCCCCGCCUCCCACCAACAAACCCCACGUGUGCUUGUCCACCAUUCUGAUCAUGAGCAGCAUGGCGCUGAUUGAUGCCUACCUGGUGGAGCAGAAUCACGGCCCCCGCAAGAUCGGCAUCUGCAUCAUGGUGAUGGUGGGAGACAUCUGCUUCUUAAUUGUCUUGCGUUACGUGGCAGUGUGGGUGGGCGCCGAGGUGCGCACAGCGAAGCGAGGCUACGCCAUGAUUCUCUGGUUUCUUUACAUCUUCGUGCUGGAGAUCAAGGUCUACUUUGUGUAUCAAAACUACAAAGCAGACAGGAAGAGCUUGGACGCUCUCGCGAGGAAAGCCUUGACCUUGCUGCUGUCUAUUUGCAUCCCAGUGCUGUUUGUGGUGCUGGUCGCUAUCGACCACAUGGAGUAUGUUCGAGCCUUCAAGAAGCGCGAGGAGAUCCGUAACCGCCUCUUCUGGGUGGUGGUGGACUUGCUGGACAUACUGGACAUCCAAGCCAACCUGUGGGAGCCACAAAAGAAAGGGCUUCCUCUGUGGGCCGAGGGCCUGAUGUUCUUCUACUGCUACAUCCUCCUGCUCGUGCUGCCCUGCGUGUCCUUGAGCGAGAUCAGCAUGCAGGGCAUCAACAUUGUCCCCCACAAGAUGCUCCUGUACCCCAUCCUCAGCUUUGUGACCAUUAACAUCAUCACUCUGUUCAUCCGCGGGGGGAACAUGCUUUUGUACAGGGACGCCAGGGUAUCUGGGAUCCUAAUAGGAAAGAACAUCUUGGCCAUCAUCCUAAAGACCUGCAGCUUUGUGCAGUACAGGAGACAGUUGCAGAACGCUCCUCCCGCCUUCGGGGUCGAGCUGCAGAAAAACUCAGUGGCCCACGCUCGCCCUGCCCCCACCCCUCCUCAAGUGGUAAUGCAGGACCAGACACCCCUCCCCGAGGUGACUACUUGCGAACACACAUGACAAAACAGCGGGGCGAACCCUGGAGAUGUCAAUACAAGCGUAUAUGACCCUCGGGACGCUGGCGGGGCACAGUGUUCCACACCUUAUAGGGCAUGCGAACACUCAUGUGAACACACGGGAGAUCAACAUCUCCUCUGAUGCUUCAUGGCACAGAGAACACUGCAGACACUUAGUGAUGAUAGAGCGUCGGAUCCAAAGCUGUCAUUGGUGCAAAAUACAGUAUUAUUUGUGACUUUGUUCAAGCGUUUCCUCCAGUAAAUCCAGUUACCUGUGUAUUUUUUCUAAUUGUACAACUGAAAGAAAAAAGAAAAACAACCUAUUGCAACUAUUGCAAGAUUAGAGGAAUAUAUUUUUGAAUUGUGUGUGUUGCAUUCUAAUCUUAAAUUUAAGGGUCUGUGUGGUGUGGUGUGCAUUUUCUGUUCCUCGAACGUUCCUUGUAGUCGAGGGCUUCAACGUGUCCGAUUUAGAGGGAGCAACCAAUGAGAGAAUCAAACAGUUAAAAGCUUUCUCUGGAAAGAAGUGUUUUUAUAUGUGAUUCUUUGAUAAAGUAUUGUG